GCCGCGGUUUCAGUCGCCGAACGAUUUUCGCCCCAACAACGAGGAGGCAGCUGCUGAAAAUCGACUCGUCGCGUUUUUUGUGUGAAGUGAAUGGAAUCGAGGGAACGAGACGGAGGAAGGAAAAGCAAGAAAAUACGAAUAUACACAAAAUAUACACGAAAUUCUUUUUAUAAAGAACCAAACGCGCAACGCAACGCACAUAAAGCCACAAAAAGCAGCUUGUGGGAAAGCCAGAAGCAGCGGAAAACGAGGAAAAAUCACCAGCAGCACCAGGAGGAGAAAUGACGGCGGCCACGGGCGGUGGUAGUGGGGCGGGGAGUGGUGGUAAGGCUGGAAAACACAGGUCGAGGUCAUCCGCCCGAUACGACGAUGUGGAAAAGCAGCAGCGGAAAAGCCGAGCCAUCGUCUCCAUACCGAACACCAUCAAGCUGAGUAUGCUCAACAGCGGAUUGCUAUCGUUCGAAAGGAUAAAGCUAGAGGCUCGCGAUGAGAAUAACUCCCUGUCGAAGACGAUACCCAAUGGACCCAUAGAUAUACGACAUUUUCUGAAACUCUGCGACCUGCGCAGGAAGUUCCCGGUACUCUACAAACUGGAGUUCCAAACGGCCGCCAAGGUGGAGAGCAACACCUGUCGGCAUGCGUUGAAGAAGAACAAUCUGGAGAAGAACCAGAAUCCAAAGUGCAUUCCCUACGACUACAACCGUGUGGUCCUUGAGAAGGUGGGUGGUCUGCAGGACUCGGACUAUGUGAAUGCCUCAUAUGUGGACAGUCUGCUCAAGCCGAAUGCCUAUAUAGUGACCCAGGGUCCCGUCGAGGAGACGGUCCAGGCCUACUGGCGCAUGGUCUGGCAGGAGAACAUCAGUGCCAUUGUAAUGCUGACGAAAACCUUCGACUUCGCCAAGGUCAUGUGCCAUCAGUACUGGCCACCCAAUAUGGAGGUUCACGAGCAGUACGGUGAUAUCUUCAUAAACAUUGUGAGGGAAGAGCAGCUGGCCAACUUCCACAUAAGGACCUUCAGGCUCUAUAAGAUGAACGAGAAGCAGGAGGUCACGGACGAGCGGCUGAUCCUACAGUUUCACUACACCGAAUGGUACUCCCACUCGUGUCCCUUCUCCAAUGCCCUGCUGGAGUUCCGGAGAAGGGUGCGCUUGGUGGUGGGCAAUAUCAUCAAGGACGAGGAUGAUAUGCGUGGUCCCAUCCUGGUGCACUGCAGCGAUGGCGGCGGCAGAUCGGGCGUCUAUAUGUCCAUUGAUGCCAAUUUGGAGCUGGCCGAGGAGGAGGAGUGCUUCAAUGUCUUUGGCUACCUCAAGAAGUUAAGGCAGUCCCGCAAGGGCCUGGUGGAGAAUGUCGAGCAGUACAAGUUUAUAUACGAUACCCUGGAGGAACAUAUUAUAUGCGGCAAGACCUGGUUUCCCGUAUCGGAGCUAUCGGAUCGCUUGAAGGCCAAGGCCAGGAGGAAUUCGGGCACCAAAAUGAACGAGUAUCAGUCGGAAUACGAUCAGAUAUGUAAGCAAACCCCACGAUUUACCAUCGGCGAUUGCGCGGGCGGUCAUAGAGCGGAUAAUCGAGAGAAGAACCGGGAUGUCCUCUGCGUACCCCCGGAUAAUUUCAGGCCCUACCUGACCUCCUUUCAGGGCAAUGCCUUCACCGACUACAUAAACUCCGUUUUUGUGGAUGGCUAUACCAAGCCCAGGGAGUACAUUGUAACGGAGUGGCCCAUGAAGCACACUCUGGGUGAGUUUUGGUCUCUGGUCUACGAUCAGGAGUGCUCGGCCGUGGUGGUCCUAUGCCAACCGCCCUCGCAAUCGCAACAAUACCCCUCCUUCUGGCCCAAUAAAUCGAAGAUGGAGAAAUACGGACCUGUGUUCUCCGUGCACUAUGUGAUGUCCAAGAGCUAUACGAACAUCAAGCAGUGGGAGUUCAAGAUCAACAAGAAGAUCGUAUCCCUAACCGAAAUGAUGGCCGGGGUCAAGGCCCCGACCCGAACCGUCCAACUAUUCCAGCUGACCUGCUGGCCCAUGGGCCACAAGGUGCCCAGCUCGACGAACUCGCUGGUCUAUCUGAUGAACAUGGUCGAGAUCUGGCGCAAUAAGGUCGACUACGGUCCUGUGUGCGUUGUCUCGCCCGAUGGUCGCAGUCGUGCCGGUGUUUACUGUGCCGCGAAUGCGUGCAUCGAGCAGGUCAUCCAGCACGGCGAGGUCGAUGUCUUCCAGGCGGUGAAGACUGUGCGACGACAUCGUCCUCAACUAGUGGAGAAUAUGACCGAGUACAAGUACUGCUACGACCUGGUACUCCACUACGUACUCCACUUCCUUAACAAGAAGGAGUGAGACGAGUGCGUUGGUAAUAUUUGGAAUUGUUUGGAAAUUUAUUUGUUUUUUUGGUACUUUUUCUGGAGUCGUGCUUUAACAAUGGUUAACAAUGAUCCGAAAUACUUGUGGUCCACAUUUGAUGAUGCCUGGAUUUCUUUUUUUGUAAUUCCGGGCACCGCCUUAAAGCAAUAAUACUGAGUAUUUUUGUUGUCCACAAAGAAGAGCCAGAGAAGAAGAAAUUAUUUGUUAUGAGCGUCGAAAUGAAAUUUCACGCCAUCGAAGAGAUACUUUUUAAUUGUUUUUCGAGCAUAAAACAAUGAUACUACUAUAUACUACUUAUAUAAGCUUUUUGAUCUGAAAUGUAUGUGCCAUUUGUAACCCUAGUUGUUGUUGUUAUAAACAGAAGGAUAUGAAAAGUGUGAUGGGGAUUAUGGGUAUAGAGUGAAGUAAUGAAAUGAUACGAACAGAGAACUAUUACCAUUAAAAUGUAUAUUUAUAUCUGUAGUUAUUAUUACGUUUACUCCUAAAACUUGCUACCUGGGCAAUUGUUGAUAUAUAUCUAACUACAUACGAUAUACCUACUAUGAAUCUAUUUAUACAUAAAAAAAAUAUAUAAAUGUUAUGUACUGUUGUAAAUGGAAAAUCGCAACGUUUUUUCCACUACUGUUGACAGAACUUUAUUUUUUAUUCAUGUUAAAGAAAAAAUAUUUAUUGAACCAAACGAAAGGGGAAACUUCGAGGUGUUGAAGUAAACAAACUUUAUAUAUAUUGUUUAUUUAUAGAACACACAAAACACACGUAACACUCAAACAAAAAUACAUAGUUAUAUGAUUGCAUCAUGAUUUUCCUGAAUUUUCGCAUUUAUGCAUUCGACACACAAACCUACCUACAUAUAUUGUUGUAACUCUAAUUAACUUAUUUUUAAAUUGUGUAUAAAUGUGCGUAUGUCCAUUUUAUCCUUUGUAAAAACCAAUCUACAUGUGUAAACAUUUAGCACAAAAAUCUUAUUGGACUAGGCUAACGAAACGGAAGUGAAGCCAUAAAAAAUGAAACGAAUCGAACUUCAAA